AUGGAGAAAAAAGAAGUUUUGUUUAUACUGAGAAGAAAAGAUCAAACUAAAGCUUACAGGGAGCUUCUGGGAACGGAGAAAUAUAAUUUUCAUCAUCUGGACCAGGAAGGACAGACUUUACCAUCAUUGUUCCUAUCGAUAGACGUACAGGACGGGUUUCAAUUUGAUAUUGUAGGCUAUAUAGAGAUAGCAGUACAAUAUGUCAAGGACAAUAACAUUCAGCAGGUGCUUGCUGCCACUGAUUUAGGUGAUCUUGUUGCUGGAAUCGUUCGAGAAAAAACAGGUCUACCAGGAUGUAAGAUAGAGUCCAGUUUUAUUUGUUACCACAAAUAUUACACCAAAAUAUUCUCCAAGUUAGAUUUUAAAUUCUGGUAUUUUGCUGCUGAUCUUGAUAAUGACGAUUGGAAAGUAAAAAUAAAAUAUCCUGCUUACGUCAAGCCACCAUAUUUUGCUGGUGGUUACGGACAAUUUGUGGUAAGAAACGAGAACGAGAUGAUUCAAGCUAUUUCUAAAAUUAAAAAAUCUUCAAAUCCAAUCCAGGAUAUGUUCAAAUCGAUGUUUCUCAAACAUCUAGAUAUUAAGAAGUUUCCUCUUAGUAUAAAAAAUAUUGUGCUAGUCGAAGAAUUGGUGGAAGAUAGCAAAAUGAUGGUAACAGAGGGGUGGGUAGACCAAGAUGGUGCCUUUCAUCUAUGGGGACACUUUGACGGUUUGAGUUUUUCUAAACCAGUUCCUUGUGAUUUUCUGCGUUAUACUCCGUCAACCACUCCCUCAGACGUUCUGGACGAUAUUGAAAAAUUGGUUCAAAAAUUUUGCUCAAAUUUAAAUCUUCGAUCUGUGUUUUUUAAUGUCGAUCUUUGGGUGACAACUGACCCAGAAACAGGGAAAGUCGCCAUCGAACUUAUCGAGAUCAACAAAAGAAUAUCUCAAGGCCUAUUUUACUUGUAUGAUUUUAUGAAUGUAAACAGCAACUUUGAAGCCGCAUUUCUGGUAUCUCUAAGGGAGUCCGAUCAUAUCCAGCGUCCGAUUAUAACAUCUCAACACAGUACUAGUGGAUUUUUUCUUAUCAAAACGUGUAUUUCCGGUCCAGCGACAGACAUCUUUGAUUUUUCCCAGAUUCCCCUUCUGAAAAAAGAACACGGAGGAAAGUUUUCUGUGUAUUUGUAUAUUGAUGAAGGAGAUUACGUGAAACAGGAUUAUAAUAAAUAUGGUAGGACAAUUUGUCGCUGUCAUCUGGUAGCUGAAUCUUGUGAGGAGUUGAAACAACAAGCGUAUAAAAUAACCAAUCAGUUGUUAAAACAGAUAUCUGAUCAUCGUCAAAUUUAG